CUCUCUCUCUCUCUCUCUUUUCUGUUCCUGCCUUCUUGUUUUCCUGCUCAGCCCAGCCUCUUCUGCAAGCAUUACCUUUGCGCCGUGUCUCUUUCUCUACUGCAUUAAAGCCCCUUGUCCAUUUUUAUUCUAAGCAAAGGGGGUAAGACUAUAUAGGAGACAUUGGCUGCAACUACCCUCCUCCGCUUCGGUCCCUCCCCCCCAUUUGCCCCUUACAGUUGCUCAUCUUGCAGUUCUUUGCCAGUGGAGGGUGCGCUGAAGGAUCUCUAUGGCUCGUUGAGGGGUAACCCCACCUCUGAAGCGCUCUUUCUGGAGACAGCCCCCAAGUUCAGUCCUGUGGAGUGCGGGAGCUACUGACAAGCCACAAUGACGACCGAGAUGGGAUCAGAAACUGAGCUCACGCCUGGUCCAGAGGGGCCCUCCCAGGAUGGAGUAUCCAAUCCAGCUCUCCACCCGCAAGAUACCGCUAACAGCCCUGCAAAUAAUGUGGAAAGACCGGCCAGCGAGAAUGCAAGGCGACCCGUAGAGGCUGAAGAGAGAAUGGACGGAGCACAGGACAGAACAACACCCACUCAUGCACAGAGAUCACCCCAAAAAACUCCCAGGAAACCUAAGAGUGCCCUUUGCAAAGUGACCCUGCUGGAUUCCUCAUUCUACGAGUGCGAGGUGGAGAAGCACGCCCGGGGGCAAGUGCUGUUUGAUACUGUGUGUGGACACCUCAACCUGCUGGAGAAGGAUUAUUUUGGUCUGACGUUCUGUGACUCUGACAGUCAAAAGAACUGGCUGGAUCCCUCCAAGGAAAUAAAAAAACAAAUCAGAAGUGGUCCCUGGACAUUUGGCUUCACAGUAAAGUUUUAUCCUCCAGAUCCCGCACAGCUGACGGAAGAUAUUACAAGGUAUUACCUGUGCCUACAGCUACGCGCCGACAUCAUCAGCGGCCGUCUCCCCUGCUCCUUUGUCACCCAUGCACUGCUCGGGUCGUACACUGUACAGGCUGAGCUCGGGGACUUUGACAGCGAGGAACAUCAUGGGAACUACGUGAGCGAAUUACGCUUUUCCCCGAACCAAACGCGAGAGCUGGAAGAGAGGGUGAUGGAGCUGCACAAAACCUACAGGGGAAUGACGCCAGCUGAAGCAGAGAUACAUUUUCUAGAAAAUGCCAAGAAGUUGUCAAUGUAUGGAGUGGAUCUACACCACGCCAAGGACUCUGAAGGCAUUGAUAUAAUGCUGGGCGUCUGUGCCAACGGACUACUGAUCUACAGAGACCGACUGAGGAUAAACCGCUUUGCCUGGCCAAAGAUCCUAAAAAUUUCCUACAAAAGGAGCAAUUUCUACAUCAAGAUUCGGCCGGGGGAGUACGAGCAGUUCGAGAGCACUAUUGGGUUUAAAUUACCCAAUCACCGAGCUGCGAAACGACUGUGGAAGGUCUGCAUAGAACAUCAUACCUUCUUCAGGCUUGUGUCCCCAGAGCCGGCCCCGAAGGGCUUUUUGGUGAUGGGCUCCAAAUUCCGUUACAGUGGGCGCACACAGGCACAAACUCAGCAAGCAAGUGCCCUGAUAGAUCGGCCGGCUCCCAACUUCAAACGCUCCUCGAGCAAACGGUACUCUCUGUCCCAGAGCGCCGAAGGAGGAUUUUCACAACAAGCCACUUUUAAUGAGAAUCACGAAUCCUCGCCUGAGAAAAGCAAUGAGAUUUCUCAGGGAGAGAAGGAAGGAGAAGAAGAAGAGGUGACCACACCGACCAAAAUCAAGGAGCUGAAGUCGGAGCAAGAGGGCACUCCCCGGCACAAGGAGUUCCUGGACAAGUCAGAAGAUGUUCUGUUGAAACAUCAGGCCAGUAUUAAUGAGCUGAAGAGAACUCUGAAACAGCCGAACAGCAAGCUGGUCCACAGGGAACGUGGAAGGGAGAAGCGGCUCCCCUCUUCGCCUACCUCCUCGUCCCCCAAACCAGAGGAUACAGAAGACGCAGCAAGAGGAGAAGAACACGAGACCGAUGCAACCAAUGCCCAGGAUUCAGAAGUUUUCACUCAGAAAAGUUUGGCUUCUUCUCCUGAGGAUAUGGAGCAUUGGGUUUUUAUAGAAAGGCCAUCAGAAAAGGCAAAGACUUCUUUUGGAGGAGUGGAAAAGAAUGUAAAUGCUCAGCGUUCUGGACCAGAUUUGUCUCCUGAAGGUGAAGAGCUCUCCCAAAAUCAACUUCACCCCAGGGAGAAAGAAGAACAGAAGAAGUGUGAGACACAUGAAGAGAGGGGGGCAGACAGACCUUUACAAGGCGCAAAAGGAGUGGAGAGAAGAAUCAGGCUAACACAGAGAGAGGAACGUCUAGUGAUGGUGACCAGCGAACUGGAUGAUGUUGAGCACAAGGCACGGACAGCUCCUGAUGGGGCACCUGCUGAGGACAGCAGGGAUUGGACAGUCAGGGUGGAGAAGACUGAGCAUGGCUUUGGCUGGAUGCAGGGAGAAACAUCAGAGACAAGAGGGGAGAAGGCAAUAGAUGGUGAAGAGAGGACUUCCUCAAAAACAGCUAGUGGGGGAGUUUUGGUAUUGGGAGCAUCAAACAGAAGUCGAGGUCGGGGCAUCAUGGACUAUGGAGAAAGUAGACGUGUCAUUGUGUGUGAAGACGAAACAGAUGACAGCGCUGACGACACUGAGAAAGAGUAUCCUGUUGGAAUGCACUGGAAUGAGUUAGAGAGGCCGCUGGUGUGGCAUGAAAGUUCUGGCUACCAGCAUAAGCAUGUAAAAGAGGAUGACAAAGAUAGCAGUGCAAAGCCUCACAAACAAGAUGAGCAGAUUAGUGUUCCAGAAUUUAACAGUAGGCUAGAAGAGAACAAAAAUACCCCAGAAGAGGCAGGGUUGCCUCCAAAGAGAGGGAAAGAGGCUGUCCAGGAAUAUGUCACCACCAAUAUGUUAAUGUUGGAUUCACAAUUAGAAGAUACAUCAGAAGAUAACCUUGUGAGAAAUGCGGAAAGAAGGGAAGCGUUGGAAGCUUCUUCAGUAAUGAAUGAACCUCUGUCUUCUGGUGUACAUGUAACCGUAGAGAGAAAUAUAGAGGAUCCUCCAUUUGAAGAUUGGGGUCCACCAGUGUUGCACUUUAUGUUACCCACCAUUAUACCACUGCCAGUGUCACUGCCCAGGGACAGAGGUCACCAAGAAGAGGCUUCAGACAGAAAUCCAACAGAGAGACUUCUCCUCCAACCAAACCCUAGAGCUCCAGCAGCCCCCUCCCCAGGAGAAGAUGCUAGCCCUGUUGACUCCACAGACACACCUGGGGACAUCUCUUCUCCGGAUUCUGGAUGCGAAAUCACACUGACUGAUGCGGCGUGUCAGCCUCUUGAACCGACAUCCUGGGAGGAAAGGGACAUCCCAUCCGCCCUGCCAGAGGUCUCUCAGCCGGACCAGGGUUUUAGGAAAUCCGGGACAGUCUUUUAUCAGAGAGUGAGCAGCCGAGAAGGAGAUGAAGCACGAGGAGGUGGAGAAGAAGAACACAGCACUGGGCUUCUAAAGGAGAACCAGCUGAGUAUCGAGAGGAAGUGUAGCAGCAUAACGGUCAGCUCUACGUCCAGCCUGGAAGCCGAGGUGGACUUCACAGUCAUCGGGGAUUACCACUCCAAUGUAGGGUUUGAGGACUUCACCCGCAGCCUGCCAGAGUUACACAGAGACCAAGGUGAUGGGGCAGGAAGUACCCCAGAAAAUAAUCCCAAAACAGCUCCUCAAGAUGAGCACAGAGAAGAUAAGGUCGAGCAAGCUGAGACUGCGCAAAGAGAGGUCACAAGUUCUGUGACCAGCGUAAGCCAGGCAGAGGCAGCGGGCGCUGUACACACACAAGUUACGACAGUUCAAACCACACAGGUGGAUGAAAAAGAUGCCGUUGUCAGCACUGAGAUCAUAAAGACAGAGACUGUAGCCCCCGCACAGGCUGAAGACACAAGAACAAACAAAGCAGGUGAAGAACAAGUGCAGGCAGUAACAACUGGAGAGGGUGUACCGGGGCCGCAAGCAGAAGCCACACAGGCUCAUACUGUCCACGGGACAAGUGUCACCCACGCUGCCACAGCAGAGACACUAUCGUCAUCCACAACAACUCAUGUCACCAAGACUGUGAAAGGAGGAUUCUCUGAGACACGGAUAGAGAAACGGAUAAUUAUCACUGGAGACGAAGAUGUGGACCAAGAGCAGGCUUUGGCUAUGGCCAUUAAGGAGGCAAAGCUACAGCAUCCAGACAUGUUGGUCACCAAGGCCGUGGUAUAUUGUGAGACAGAACCCUCCCCUGAGGAGUCGGGAGAGAGCGCUCAGAAAUCUUGACCUCAGAUUUUGGAUGUGAAAUCUCCCCUCUGCCUCCUUCUUUGUUCCUCACCCAAGAAAUAAAGACAUCCCUUCCCUUCCCUGAUCCCAAACCACGCCAGCUGCAACAACCUUCACACCAGGCACGAGGGUAUCCGAAACCGCGCCGACAGCACCCUCUAACAGAAGGAGACCUACUACCCUCACAGGAGCAGAAAACUGCCCCCCCUGGGGGCAACGAGACGCCUUCUUUGCUCCUACUCCCCCCAUGCACCAUACUCUAACGAGAAGCAUGCGUGGCAAUGCGUGACUGCAUGCGGCAUCUACAGGGUUAAUUUUGUCUGCGCUGUUAGGGAAUUUUUGCUCUAAAUUACUAAAGAGUUCUCUGAUCAAAUCCCUCAGUGCUCUUCAAGGCACCCCAGCCGCGAAAGGGGGUUGUAUCGUCCAUCACAGGAUCAUUCCUCAUGUAGGUAGAACGUCAUUGCUGUCCGAAACCUUUCCAUGUAAUCUGCAGUCGGGACGUCAUUCUAUACUAGAUAGUAGCCGAGAACUGUCUGAAGCAGACAACCCGCUGUCUGGACAUUAGCCUAUAUUAGAUGGUAGCCUAGAGCUCUGUGCAUCUGUCCGGAUCCUCUGCAGCGAAGAGGUCGCCCCUACAUUAGCUAUCAACGGCAUUGGGAAUUCCUGUGCUGCAGACUUAGCAAUAUAAUUCCUCAGUUACCGCAAGAUGAACAAUCUGCUUGCGUUCUGGAAUAUAGACUGUGGACUUUUUCAUCUACAGGUUGUAUAAGUUGUUUAGAGGCUGACAUUACCACUGCAUUAUUCUGUUUGUCGUCUGUUAUGGAGCCUGAAGAUGCCCCUGCUAGUUGGGGAGCGGCUGAGCCGUGUGUGCGUGUGAAAAGGGUUAAUGCCGCACAGGGGGAGUCCUCACCCACUGCAAUGCUGUGCUCUCCCCCCGUUACCCCUCCACCCUGUGCUCCGGUGAUCAAUGCUCUAUAGCCAAUAAAAACAGUCAGUGUGAUAA